GACAUUUCUAUUUCUACGCCGCAUCAGAAUUCUCACACGACAAGAGGAACGCGAUCACAACAUUCAGAAGAUUCGGAAAAUAUUUGCGAAUAUUUGCUGAAUAUUAUUUGAACAAAAUAUAAAGAAAGUGUAGGGUAAAUUGUAAACCAGAAGGAAGUUUUGAAUUGCGUUACAAUCGAACAAAAAUCGAGUUGUUUUUUCGUACGAUACGAAUAAGCCGGCGAAAAUGCUUUCCCGUUUAGCUUGCAGCGGUCGAACUUUCGCGACGACUUCACUGGUGCAGUGCGCAUUCCAGCAAGUUCCAAAGCGCCCCCAACUGGUACGUUACUAUGCUCGCGAAGUGAAGGGAGGAGGUUCUAGCUGGACGGCUCGUGCCGAGCGGCAAACUCUUCGCGAGCGUGCAAUGGCUCCUCCAGGACCGAAUGCUUACUCUCUAGGAAAGGGUGCUCUUGCCGGUGGUGCUGCACUUGGUAUUGGCGCUUUGUGUUUCUACGGACUAGGGUUUGGUAGUGGCACCAGUACGCUUGAGAACGCUCACGCCUGGCCCGAGUUUGUCCGGGAGCGCAUCCGUGAUACGUACAUAUAUUUUGGCGGCUCGCUGGCAAUUUCUGCUGCUAGUGCAAUGGCAGUAUUUCGUAAUCCUACAUUGCUGAAUCUGGUCUCGAGAAACGGAUGGAUGUCCAUUAUCGGAACAAUAGCUGUGAUGAUUGGUUCCGGUAUGUUGGCCCAAUCGAUUCCUUACAGCCCCGGGUUUGGAACUAAACAAAUAGCAUGGGCAGCACACUCUGCUAUCCUUGGAGCUGUUAUUGCACCCAUCUGCUUCAUCGGAGGACCAAUAUUGGUUCGCGCUGCUUGGUACACUGCUGGAGUCGUCGGAGGACUUUCCACGGUUGCUGUUUGUGCUCCGAGCGAUAAAUUUCUUUACAUGGGUGGACCGUUGGCCAUCGGUCUGGGUGUAGUAUUCGCAUCGUCAAUGGCUUCGAUGUUCCUACCGCCGACUACGGCACUUGGAGCAGGAAUAGCUUCACUUUCGCUGUACGGAGGCCUCCUCUUAUUCAGCGGAUUCUUGCUGUACGACACGCAGAAAAUCGUGAAGCGAGCUGAAUUAUAUCCGUUGUAUGCGCCGCGACCGUUUGAUCCAGUUAAUUCGGCUAUGUCAAUCUAUAUGGACACAAUGAAUAUCUUCAUUCGGAUUGCCACCAUACUGGCUGGAGGUGGCGGAAAUCGACGAAAGUAAGAUGCCUGUUUGAGAAGCUGGGUUUAUUUAUAGAUUGACACAAAUUAUAAUCAUAAUACAAAUUAAAAGUCGUCGAACAGCUGUAAACCAACUCUGAAAUAAAGUAAAUUGUUUGUUAAUACA